AUGAAUUAAAGAUAAAUUUAAAGAUAAGAUCAUAAACUAUAAAAGCAACCUUCUUACUCAAUAACUAUUUGCAUUAACAAGUAAUACUAUCUGAAUUUAUAGCAUUUAAAUGAACAAGCAAGACUCAUCUUGAUUCUAGAACUGAUUGCUGGUUGGUUCGAUAUUGAACCAUUUCGAGAUUAAAUUUCAUUUAAAACUCUAUAAAUUAAAUUUAGAUAAGAAAAAUAACAAAAAUAAAGAAUGAACAAUAGUUUAGAAUGUAAAACAGCUUUUACAUUCUAAAAUAAGAUGUUAAUAAACCUAAGAACUAAUCCAAAAUCGAAGAAAUUAAUGGCAAAGAAAGUUUAGCAAGAUUUAGUAAUAUUAAAUUUGGAAAAAAAACCUUUGAAUAACGUGCUCUAAAUUUUUGUUAUAUUGAAAAUUAUAUUAUACUUAAAUAGUCUGUUCAAUGUUUACAAUUAGAAGGACAAUCUACAAUUAAUAAUGUAAAAUCUCUGA